UCGUUGUGAUUCGGUCCAGCCAGUAGGAAUAACGCGACCGGGGGACGACUAUGGAAAGCUAAACCGUCGGGUGUGUGUAUGCUGUUUAACAUUUUGGAUAUUGGUGCUUUUUUUCUCACUCAGCAGAUUGUACGACGGUACACGGUCAGCGCCAUUCUCUAGGAAGGAUACCCAAGAAAAAUAUUUGGUCAGCUAACAACGAAAGGAAGCAGCAGCAUAUCGGAAUAUUAUCGGGAUAUUUUUCAUCUCGGUUCUGGUUUCGCUACGGGUUUUCCGGAUUUUGCGGGUGAUUUGAGUUGAAAAGAAGAAAUAGGUUCUGCAAGUAUUCUCGAUUGAGAGGGAAUAGUCGAAGUCAUCUACGACGGCAAGGGUAAAUUUUUGUGAAAUUUGGGGGAAAAUUUGUGUGUGAUAAGUUGAUGGAAUUGGAAAAUUGGUGUUGCAAUUCGUAGAAAUAGUAGUGAAUCAUCCUUGUUUGUUUUUUUUUUCGGUGGGGUUGACUGCGUAGUUAAGAAAAUCGAUUCCAAGUGAAAACCAGGUCUCGAAUAGUGAAAUCAUUCGAUGAAAUUUGUUCAAGAAAUUCCAAAGUAUUGCAUACUUACAGGAGCAAAACGUGAAAGAUUGUGAAAAAGUUGUUCAGUUGUUCAUCCAUUCGGAGUGGAUUGUUCUUUCUCAAAGGUCACCGUAAAGGAUGAAUCCUGAUGAAAUUCCUCUAUAAUAUAGAUGUUUCAACAUGUGAUUUGAGAUGAAGAUUUGUGUGCAGUGAUGCAAGCCAUCAAAAAUUCACGAAACUGAUGUGACGAAAACAGAGAAUAUUUUUUCUCUUACGGCUGCCAUUUAGUGAAGAUUAAAAAAAACAUCGAUUGAAAAAGUAAAAACAGAUAAAAAACAUCAUUGUGCCAGAGGAUAUUUCAAGUCUCUUCAAUCGCCAGUCCAGGCAAUAGACGUAACCAAUUCCAGCAUACGCGCUCCUAUUCCGACACCUUGGCAGCAAGAUGCAUGCGGUCGGAAUCCACUCGGCCCUGGCCAUCAAGCGGCAGCGGAAACGGCGGGACAACCAGCGGAAAGUCCGGGAACGACGCUACAGCAUACAGAGCUCCGAAAGUGGGGACACACAUUCGCCCCAUGGCUCCACCCGCCGGAAGUUCCACCCCCACAAAGUGCACGCGGUCGACAACAAUAACUUAGACACGAAAGUAGUCACAAGCAUCGGCAUGCUUCACAUAGGAGUCGUAUUCGUAGUAUUCGGAAUCUUUUUACUAGGUGCUGGAUUUUUUCCAGAUAAUAUAUCAAGUCACCAGACGCAAUCCUGGCAUUUACUUGGUAAAGGCUCCUGGUGGAACGAACUGAUAUGCACGGGGCUGUUCGCCGUCGGUCUCGGCAUUUUUCUAAUCAUCUUAAACUGUGUGAUAAGCAAUCGAGAGGAGCAGGACCUCGAAAGCUACGUCCAGCGGCAGCUCACGCGAUCACGAUCCGGCCACCGACUAGAGCGCGACGUCGAGACGGGCGGCUUGACGACGCGUCACCACCGCAAAGCCAUGCAAAUUCAGAAAGGCGCCGCCGAGAGGGGCCUGGACAAUUUGUCCAACUCCAACAUCCUGCUGACGCCCACGAGCAGCGAAGUGGUGACCCCAACAACGCCCUCCGGAGGGUACGCAUUGUAAAAUGGAGCAAAAAGUUCAUCAGCAGAACAUAUUUAUAAAAAAAAAACCCUCCAACUAACCAAAACCAUAUUUGAAAAAAAAAUACUGCGAAAAUACUACGUAAAAAAGGCAAGUUUUUGCUCGUUCCAAUCCCAUAAUCAACAAAACUGUACCAUAAAGCUACGAAUUGGAAAUCGAAACACAUUCCAAAUCCUUGAUGUGGUUUUAAUAAUUCGGAUGUGAAUGCCGCUUUUUGGUUCGUAUUUUCGAAUAUAUUCAUGUAUACUUAUAUCUGUACGUUUCUUGUUGUGUUACAAUUUGAAGUUCAUUGUACCCCCGAGAUCGAAAGAAAAAAAAAGCCAAACGUGUGACCCAGUGUGGUGUUUCCAUUCCAAAUUUUGCUUGUUCGGAUUGUUUUUUCGUCCUCCAGUUUUCCAUAUGCGUAUAUAUACACUGUGAAUAGCUUGCGAAUGAUUAUGUUGAAUAUAUCCAUGCAUAACAUUUAUUGUGUUGUCGGCAUUCGACCAGAAACAUCAAGAAAAACUCAUAAUUAAUUAAAACCCUGGGAGCGGGUCUUCAGAUACAUUAAAAAACGAAAAUAAAACUUUCGACUCACUUCGCAUCCAAAUUCACCGAAAGUGCUUUUGCUUGUCACUCGCUUGAAGCUUUUGGACGUUUUGAAAUCCACCGAGAUUGUUCGUUUUUUUUUCUUUUCUUCUUGAAUUUUGCUUUUAAAGAUUGAAUAAAUUUCAAAAGUGAUUACCAACACAGAUGACAUCUAACUGCCUGGACAACUGUAGUCAUGAAUAAAAAAAAUCAAUAUUUGAAAUUUAAUUUGUUCCAUUUCUUCAGAGUACAAAUAACGAAAAAUAUGUCAAUAUUCGAACCAAAAAGAACCAAAUCCAAUAAAAGGGCGGCUGUUCAAAUCGGUAGUAUGUUGCCUCUAGCUACACUCGUCGACAUUGAUUUCUUUGAUCUGAAAGAGUUUAUUUGUUCCAAGUCAGAGAUAUGGAUCGCUAUUCUGUUUGAAACAUUAUAAAAAGGCGUAACAGAGCUCGAUUUAAAUUG